AUGGCUACGGGCUGUGUCUUGGUGAUUGGCGCCACCUUCAUGCAGACCUUCUCUCCGCGCCACAACAUCGCGUGCUUCCUGGCGGGCCGCUGCAUCAUCGGUAUUGGCCAGGGCGUUGCCGGCGGGUCCUACAUCGGCGAACUGGCGCCGCCCGAGAUUCGCGGCAAGAUCAUGACCUUUUGGCAAACCUUCUACUCGUUCCUUAUUCCGUGCAUCAUUCUGGCCCUUCUGCCGACGAUUCCUGGGUCACCGCGAUGGUUCAUCCAACGAGGCAACAACAUCGAAAAGGCGCGGGCUGCCCUCUUGGAGAAGGAGGCCAUAUCGGGCAGCUACUCUGCGCUCUGGAACGACACAUCCCUCCGGAAGCGUCUCCUGCUCUGCUCAGUCAUAAACGCCGGCCAACAGCUGACGGGCCAGGGCACACUCAACACCUACUCGACCAAGAUCUACCAGAAGGUGUUCACCAGCUCGAGUCAAAUCGCGCUCAUCAACGCUCUCAACGCCACGUUUGGCAUCAUCUUCACUCUCAACGCCAUCUGGAUUAUCGAUCGUUUCGGGCGCAAGUUCUUGCUCAUGGUUGGCGGUGUCGGCAUGUGCGUCUGCAUGGUCAUCGUCGCUGCCCUCGAGACCAGAACACCGUCCCCUGGAGGCUCCAAGACGAUUUCAGUUGGCAUAUCAAUCGUGUUCCUGCUGUUCUUGUUCAUCUUCUUCUACAAGCCAUCGUGGGGCAUGUGCUCGCAGGUGCUGAACGUCGCCAACGCCAUCUUCAAGCAGUUCUUCCCCAUCUUCCUGGACAACGGCGGCUUCUACGCAUUCAACAUGUUUGCGGGCAUUAACCUGCUGCUGGCCGCGUCUGUCUUCUUCUUCAUCCCCGAGACCAAGCAGGUCCCGCUGGAAGAGAUUGACGCCCUGUUUGGCGGCGCGAACGAUGCGACGCAGGGAGAAGAGAUGAUGAUUGGGUCCAAGAGUGCUCAAGCGACUGGGAUCGAGACGGUCGAGAACGCCCAGGGCGACACUGCGCAGCGGGAGCACAGUCGUUGA